UCAUAAUCAAAGGACGACAAAAUUUUAAGGAAAGUCAUAGGAAAAACAUCUUUUUUGCAAACAUCUAAAGAAAAUUGAAAUAAUGACAAAAAUACAACUACCGGCUUUUGAAAGGACAUAAAUAGAACCGAAUUUUGUUUGGACUAAAAAGAGACUAAAAUUGCAUCAAGCUGACUUAAAUGCCCCUAAACUCUUUUAGCCAACCAAUCCUUCCGUCACCUACUCGCUCAGAUGCAUUCGAAGCAUCCCCUCUCCAGUCUCCACUCUCCAAUCCUCUGCACUCGUCCCUCGCCCCAGACUUCCAUUCCACCUGCGCCGCCCUUGUCCACCUUUGCCGCCAGCCUUAUCUCGUUGCACCGCCUCUGUCCACCUGCGCGGCCAUCGUUAUCUCGUUGCACCGCCUAUGUCCAUCUGCGCCGCCAUCAUUAUCUAGUUGCACCGCUGUUUCUGUCUAGGUUAUUCUUCGUUGUCCUAUUCAUCAUCUUCUUCUUUUCUUCUUCUCGAUCUCCGAUUGUUGAUCCUGGAUCUAAUCUGGACGGCUAGGGAGGGUUAGGGUUGGGCGGCGGUGGGCUGGUUGUUCUGUGGUGGGUGAAGAGGUGCGAUUAUUGCGGCGGCGGUGGACUGGUUGGCCGGUGGUGGGUGAAGAGGUGCAAUUAUUGCGACGAAGAGGCUAGAUUGAUUGGCAAUGGCAGGGGAGGUAUAGGCUGAGGUGAGGCAGGUGUGGGGGUCGGGCAAGGG